AUGUUUCAACGUGAUGUGGCCGCUGCCUAUCUUCAACAAUCGGGACUCAAGGUAUGCGUUUUGGAAAAGCGGCAUGUAAUUGGUGGAGCUGCAGUCACAGAAGAAAUAGUUCCAGGUUUCAAGUUUUCUCGUGCUUCAUAUUUGCUGAGCCUUUUGCGGCCACAAAUCUACAAAGACUUGGAGUUGAAGAAAUAUGGGUUGAAGAUCUUUUUGAGAGAUCCAAGUGCUUAUACUCCAUUACUCAAUCCAGGUGGCCUGAAUCAAAAGACUGUUUCUCUUACACUGGGAAGAGAUGCAGAUCAAAACAGGAAACAGAUUGCUCAGUUUUCCACCAAUGAUGCUGAAAAAUUUGAAGAAUAUGAACAUCAACUGGCAAGGAUUGUAGCUGCUUUAGAACCAUUAAUUGACAAUCCUCCACUUCAUUUGCAUACAAUUAACAAAGGUGGCUUUGGUAAUCUGGUUAAAUCAUGGCCUUCACUGAAGACACUGGGAAGUUCAGUAAAACUGCUGGGCAAAGACAAAACGGCUUUCUAUGAUUUAUUAACAGCACCUGCCUCAAAAGUUUUGGACAAAUGGUUUGAGUCUGAACCAUUAAAAGCCUGUCUAGCCACAGAUGCAGUUAUUGGAGCAAUGACUAGUCCCUAUUUGCCAGGGAGUGGAUAUGUCUUAUUGCAUCAUGUGAUGGGUGAGAUUGAAGGAGUGAAAGGAGCUUGGGGCUAUGUCCAAGGUGGAAUGGGAGCUGUAUCACAGGCCAUUGCAAACUGUGCAACUGAUCGGGGAGCGGAAAUAUUUACUGAUAAGCCUGUACAAAAGAUCCUUGUUCAAGAUGGUAAUGCCAAAGGAGUGAAAUUGUCUAAUGGUGUUGAAGUUAUGGCAAAAGCAGUAUUGUCUAAUGCUACCCCAAAAGUCACAUAUAUUGAUUUGCUUCCAAAGGGAAGCCUGCAAGAUGACCUGGUCAGUGAAAUAAAACAGAUCGACUACACCUCACCUGUAACAAAAAUCAAUGUUGCUGUAAAAGAAUUGCCAAAUUUUACUGCAAAUCCUAACAGACUUAAAAACACUCCAAUGCCACAUCACCAGUGCACAAUUCACCUGAACUGUGAAAAGACUGAAUCUAUCCAUGAAGCCUAUUUAGAUGCUCAACAAGGGAUCCCCUCACACAGGCCAAUCAUUGAAAUGACAAUACCAUCUACUUUGGAUUCAACAUUAGCUCCGGCUGGUUGUCAUGUGAUCUCUCUUGGGACGAUGCAACAAAAAACAAAUAUGCAAACACAGUUUUUGAUGAUAUUGAAAAAAUAUGCACCUGGAUUUAAAGCCAGCAUCGUAGGAGUUGAUAUUCUGACUCCGCCAGAUCUUGAGAAAACUUUUGGACUCACUGGAGGUAAUAUAUUUCAUGGUGCAAUGGGUCUUGAUCAACUUUACACGGUCACAUUGUAUCUAUACAUCCCAAUAAUUGCUUACUUCUCUUAUUUGUGCCUCAUACCAACAUCUACCAAUAGGCGUAGGCAAUUACCCCGUCUUUCCCCUCCUCUCUUAGUAUCUAAUCUUCACCUGUCACCUCAGUUGUUCGUUUGA